AUGGGAGACGUUCGCCGUGACCACCAGAAAAACUUGGGGCUUAUUAUGUUCAUUAUACUUGCUGUAUUGUUUGUAUUGAUCGCCGUUGUCAUUACAAUGGCAAUUAUUAUUUAUCGUCAACGCAAGAAAAAAGAAAAACAACUAGCAGAUCGCGAUUGUUGUGAUAAUAUGGUCUUGACUAUGGCGAAUUUUUACUUCACCGCAGUUAAGACUGGGUCACUGGCUCUUAAGGAGAAGCAACCACGAAAAAUGGAAUCUGCGGAUAUUUACGCGACUAAGUUCGCUCACGUUGGUGCACUAAAGAUGGACAGAGGACUGAGAGGACCUGUGAGGCAUUCUCUGGAAGGUCAGACAUCAACAGGAACCAUAAACAGCAUACAAUUCGAUCCGAAUUUGAACGAAAUCGUCGACAUUGGUACCAACGUGGAGAAUGUAAGUCACGCAUGGCAGUUAAAAGCCUAUAUCAUUAGGAAAGCAAUGUAG